UGCACGCACCAGGGAGGUAGAGGGGAGUAAGAGACAGAGGGGGAGAGAAAGAGGGGGACCGGAUUGAAAACAGAUCAGCCUCGAGUCUCAAAAGCCUACUACACAUCUGAAGGACCAACGAAAGUUGUCUACAGGCUCGACCCCAAUUCUGGCAAAGUUAACGAGAAGUUUUCUCCUUGCCUGUCUGUGAUGGACUGGAGUUGAGAAGACGCAGAAACUCUCUGAUGAACUUUAUGAAUGGUAGCCGUUCGUGCGAAGUUCGGAGUAACUUUGUCAGUAUUUUUUGCUUCUGUUAGACUAGACUGUAGAUGGAUUUCCUUGAUAUUUUGGAAGGGACGUGUUAUUUCUUGCCUUUUCAUCGAAAAAGUUAGACUUAACGACAGUUUUUGACAACGCUGAGCCUCGUACAAGACUUAUUGGACAAGCUCAACCGAGGCACGCCGGGUCACUGACUCGACUAAAGCAUCUCCAUCGUUACUGAGAGCCCUGUCUGUCCACAAUGGAGACCUCUACAACGACCACCAAUAAAAAAGACAAAAUGGAGGGAAGUGGUUUCACUGACCUUCCGAAGAAACCGUCCCCCUCAGUCCACCGAGCUCCUCACCACAUAUUCCCAACGUUCCACACGCCGAUCCCCAUUGACAUGCGCCACCAUGAAGGCAGGUACCACUACGAUCCUCACAGCCUGCACGCCAUACACGGUCAUACAGGGUUAGCAGGCAGCCCCGUCAUCUCCGACAUCUCCCUGAUCCGCCUGUCGCCUCACGCCGGCGCCACCGGGGAGUCCCCCUUCAGCCCGCCGCACCCCUACGUCAACCCCCACAUGGAGCACUACCUGCGCUCCAUGCACAGCAGCCCCACCCUCUCCAUGAUCUCGGCGGCGCGUGGACUCAGCCCCGCAGACUUGGCCCAUGAACACUUGAAAGAGCGCGGCCUGUUCGGCCUGCCCCCUCCCCCUCCAGGAGCCAAUCCGGCGGACUACUACCACCUGAUGGCCGCCCAUAGGAACCCCUACGGAGAGCUGCUCAUGCAGGGGGCCGGGGCGGUGGCAGCUGCUGCCCAACUGCCGGACUACAUCACCCCCGUGGACGUGUCGCGCUUCGCCAGCCCCAGACUCACCCCCAGGCUGAGCAGGAAGAGAGCUCUGUCCAUCUCUCCCCUGUCCGACGCCAGCAUCGACCUGCAGACAAUGAUCCGCACGUCGCCCAACUCCCUGGUGGCCUACAUCAACAACUCCCGCUCCAGCUCUGCUGCCUCCAGCUCCUAUGGACACCUCUCUGUGGGGGGCAUCAGCCCCUCCUUCCCGUUCCCCCACCCCAUCAACCCCAUGGCCUACCAGCAGCUGCUCUCCCAGCAGAGGGGGCUGAGCGCCUUCGGUCACACCCCUCCCCUGAUCCAGCCUUCGCCCACCUUCUCCAGCCGCCAGCACGCCACUUUAGGUCUCACCUCCCUGCCCCCCUCAAUCCACCACAAUGACGUCCAGGCCAAGAAUCCCAAUGGAGACUCGGCAGUCAGCAGCACGGUCAACCCCAUGAUCACCAAAAGGUCAAAGGUGAAGAUGGAGACGGAGGUGGCGAGGUCACUGUCCCCCUGUUCACCGGACCAUCUGGGUGGGAUGCUGGACCUGAAGGAGGAUCUGGACAAGGAUGAAUGUAAGCAGGAACCUGAGAUGGUGUACGAGACCAACUGCCACUGGGACGGCUGCUGCAAGGAGUACGACACCCAAGACCAGCUGGUCCAUCACAUCAAUAAUGACCACAUCCACGGGGAGAAGAAGGAGUUUGUGUGCCGCUGGAACGAGUGCUCUCGGGAGCAGAAGCCCUUCAAGGCUCAGUACAUGCUGGUGGUUCACAUGCGCAGGCACACUGGGGAGAAGCCACACAAGUGCACUUUCGAGGGAUGCUCAAAGGCCUACUCCAGACUGGAGAACCUGAAGACCCACCUGCGCUCACAUACGGGAGAGAAGCCGUACGUGUGUGAGCAUGAGGGAUGCAACAAAGCCUUCUCCAACGCCUCAGACCGCGCCAAGCACCAGAACCGGACACACUCCAACGAGAAACCCUACGUGUGCAAAAUCCCUGGCUGCACCAAGCGCUACACAGACCCCAGCUCUCUCCGGAAGCACGUGAAGACCGUCCACGGGCCCGAGGCCCACGUCACCAAGAAGCAGCGCGGAGACCUCCCGCCCCGGCCGCAGAACCCCCGGGAGAACGGCGAGAACGACGCCGGCUCCAAACCCAGCAGCAGGGGCAUGGAGGAGAAGCUGGAGGCCAACAGCACCUCCAGAGGCAUGGAGGACUACCUGCAGGUCAAGUCCAUCAAGACUGAAAACUCUGUGAUGUAUCAGUCCAGCCCUGGCGGCCAGUCGUCAUGCAGCAGUGAGCCAUCGCCACUUGGCAGCGCCACCAACCAUGACAGUGGAGUAGAGAUGGCCAUGCUCAGCAGCGGGGGCAGCCUGGGGGACCUGAGUGCUCUGGACGACCCCCUGGCGCUGGACACCGCCACCUCCCCCGGGACAGGCACCAUCAUGGGGUCGGGAGGGGGCGCCGUGCUGGGUCUCCACCUGCGGAAGCAGCUCAACACCUGCCACCGGCUGGAGCACCUGAAGAAGGAGAGGCUGACCACGGUGAGGGACUCCUGCCAGUGGGCCAACACAGCGCCUCAGGGGACCCACACCAAGCUGCCACCCAUACUGACCAGCGGUUCCUUUCUGGAGACCGGGGGUCUGGGUGGCGGUACGACCUGCGUCCCCUGCCCCAGCCUGAGCGACCUCUUCCCUGGCAAGACGCCGGUGCUGAGCCUGCUGGGAGAGCGCCGUGACAGCUCCACCAGCACCGCCAGCUCCGCCUACGCCCUCAGCCGCCGCUCCUCCGGCAUCUCUCCCUGCUACUCCAGCCGACGCUCCUCCGAGGCCUCCCAGUUCAGCCACCGCCACCACAACAACAUCAGCUCGGCCGACUCCUACGACCCCAUCUCCACCGACCUCUCCCGCCGCUCCAGUGAGGCCAGCCAGUGUGGCGGGGGCGGAGGAGGAGGAGGAGGCCUCCCCAGCAUGCUCAGCCUCACCCCGGCCCAGCACUACCGCCUCAAGGCGAAAUACGCCGCCGCCACCGGGGGAGCCCCGCCCACGCCCCUGCCCAGCAUGGAGCGCAUGAGCGUCAGGACACGCAUGGCGCUCUACGGGGAGCACCAGGAGGCGUGCGGUUACCCCUUCGGGGGCCACGUCGCGCCGAGGCGCUGCAGCGACACCGGCUACCCCUCCCGGAGUAUGAUGCCCCACGAGGCCCCCUCCAGCCUGCCUCGGCGGGCCAGCGACCCUGUCCGCCACGCCUCCCUGGAGCCCCCGUCCCAGCCUCUGUCCCCGGGGCAGCGCUACAACAGCCUGGGCAGCGUGCACCCUCUGGCCAGUGAGCGCCGCCACCUGGCCCUGCAGAGCUGCCCGCGCUCCGACGGCGGCCUCCACCGCUACCCCUACGUCCCUCGCCCCCCCAGCAUCUCCGAGAACGUCGCCAUGGAGACCGUGGCCGGCGACGCAGGCGGUCGGCUCGACGAGGAGGUGAUGGUACUUCCGGAUGACGUGGUCCGCUACACGCGCUCCCAGGACGUGGAGUCAGCCUCGAACCCGAGCCAAUCGCCAUACAGCAGAGACACGCAGGGUUUCCAUGGGAACGCAAACCCCCAGCAAGGGCAGUUGUACCACAGAAGAAGGAUGGCGGUCGUGGAUGCCAACAUGACCCCGCCCGGCCAGGCUCCGCCUCCCUGUGCCCUGAGCCCUAGACAGCAGCAGGCCUACCCCUCCUCUCCCAGAAUCAACAAGAGCCACAUGCCCGUCCAGUGGAACGAGGUCAGUUCAGGGAGCAUGGAGGCCUCCUCCCAGCAGCUCAACAAGUUCAGCCACGGUAACCUCGCUGUGGUCCAACAAAAACACAACUUCAGCUCUUACCAGAACCCCAGCUCCAACCCACAGCUGAAUCAGAACCUGACGCUUGUUCCUCAGCAGAGAUACCCACAGCAGAACUCCGACCCACAGAUCAACUGUGUCCAGCAACAAAGGCUUCAGCCUCACACGGCUAACCUGAAUGAGCCUGAGUAUGGCUUCAACCAGAGUCUGGGGCCUAGCCAUGCUAGCGCUAAUGCUAAUCAACGCCCAACCUGCGGCAACGUGACAGGGAACAUCAUGGACAUCCCCAGCCCCAACAGAAACCUCCUGACGAUACAGACUGUGGCUACACACAAUAACAGGGUCACAUUUGAGGAUAACUGUGGAAAUUGCGGAAGCCCUCGUCAGAAUUAUAACUCGCUGUCCCAGAAUGCCGUACAAGGUGGAAAUCAAGUUCUCAUGCAGCCGAGGCCCCCCCCUGACUCCAGGAGCCUGAACAGACAGCACUCUGGGACAGAAACACAAACCAACCUCAACCAAGUCUUCAGCAUCUCUGAAGCUAUGGCUAAAAGUCACACUAGACCUGUGGAGCACCAGAGUAAUGACAACGACAGCUUGGACGACAACGCUAUGUACUACACGGGGCAGAUUCAGGUCUUUGAGCCGGACGGUAAUUUAAACCUGUCCAUGUCUGCGAUGGUGAGUGUUCCUCCGUGUGGGGUGAGGGUGGACCAGGGCUCCCAGGGGGCCAGCUCCAGCCAGGUGUCCAGCAGUGAGAACUCGUCCCAGGCGGCAGAGCAGCCCCAGAUAGACUUUGACGCCCUGCUGGAUGAUGGGGACCACUCCAGCCUCAUGUCCGGUACUUUGAGCCCUGGGCUCCUCCAGAGCCUAUCCCAGACCUCCUCACGCCUCACCACUCCCCGGAACUCUGUCACCUUGCCCUCUGUGCCUGCUGGCUUGGGCAACAUGGCCAUUGGAGACAUGAGCUCCCUGCUAACCGCCCUGGCGGAGGAGAGCAAGUUCCUGAACCUAAUGUCCUAGCCUUCUGUGUUGCACUGUGGGAGAAGGAAGAGAUGAGACGAUCAUAUACGCUGUUGCAGAAGGGUUCAAAUACUGACUUUUUAUUUGCCCUACCUUGACCACUGACCUGGACAUGAAGAAUGUGUGAACAUUUCGGAGGACUUGUUUUAGUACAUGCCAAAACACCUGUUUCAAUGUGUGACCUGUAUUACCCUGUACAGUAUUAUUUGUCAAGGAUUUAAGAUGGCAGUUUUCUAUCUUUUGAAAAGCCAUAUUUUACCUUUAGAUGAGUAGGAAUAAUGGAAACCACAGCACAAGUAUUUCAAAGUUGUACAUGAGAGUACAGUUCUGCAGUAAAACGAAUGUACUAAGUGCCUGGCUAAGCCCAAGCAUAUGCAUGAGCAUAUGAUACACUACAAGCUGAAACAGGUCCAAUGUAUUUGGAGUUUUUUUUUAAUUAUCCUUUACUUACAGUAUUUAAGGACAUACACUGUAGAAUUGGAUAAUUAUGUGAAUAACUUGAUCUAAAAGAUUUUGUUCUUUCAUAUGAACUCAUUAGAAACUAAUUUACUUUCUAUCAAUGAGACUGCGAAGAGAAAAACAAGGCAGGGAUAGAGAGAAAGCUCUCCUACUGUCUAUUAAGUCUUGGCAAGUUUAUUUUCGGUGUUCUUUGCGAGCCUUUAUGUGAUUGUUCUGUUGCUCUGACUUCCACUGUUGAGAUUAAUAGUGACAACACAAUGUCAGACGAUUGACACAUGAGUUGUGACUGGAAUUAAAGACCCAUUUCAAAGGAAUAUGCAAAUACUUGAUAGGCUACAUAUUCUUUCUAAAUGAGAUUCCAAUUACUGUAUUAUUUUUCGUUAUUUUAGUCCAAAAACUUUUUUUGUGAAAAGGGCAAAGGAUUACAGGCAAUAGGCCUAAUCAGAGGCUCUGAGCUAUAAUCGCAAGGAAUUACAAUUGUCUUUUGUACAUUAUCAUGCCAGCAUAUUGUGCUGAAUAUGUAAAUAAUUUUGUACAUUUUUAUGAAAUAUAAUAUUGUUGUCAUUUUUUAAGUGCCGUGUGUGAUUAAUCAUUUGAAAGUAUAUGUCUUUGUGGGAUAUACAUGGACUGGAUGUGUAGUUUGCCUACAAACUGGCCUAAACCACUGUAAUUCAUACGGCCGUAAACACUGCAUGAGUCAAAGGUGAAUCCUCUCUCUCACAUACAUUAACUGUACGGCACCAGCACUGUAACUCCCAUGUAUAAACACCUCUCUACAAUGUUCAAUUAUGAAAUAUAAAU